CCUGCUUAGCCGUGCCUAGCUGCUUCUCUCGCAUGUAGCUUUCUGACCGAGAUAAGACAUUGGUUUUGCCAAGCUCGACCCCACCGCAAAAGCCCAUUUCCGGGAUCAGACUAGGCGGACUGAUGUGCGGUGAAGGGACCCUGUGGUCAUACCGCAUCCUGAAUUGCGGGGAAGUGUGCCUCGGCGUUUAGCCAUGAUGAUGCUGUUGGAGAAUAAAUCAAAGGCCACUUAUCACUGAGGAUACCACUCUAAUGUCGUGCGGUAACUUGGCACUCGAUCCUAGUAGCCUGGCAGACAUACACUCCGGGAUUGCAAGCGCAGCCCAUAAAUCGUGUCUCCGCAGGAUUUUACCUGUUGAGGCUCACUUACCUUCUAAAAGAUGAUGAUCUUUUGCAUGAUUAAAUUUUAGGAAGAGGGCUCAGUCGGAAUACAAGUAUGUUACUAUCGACCCAUGUCAACAGGGCUACUGACAAUGUGGAACUCUUGGUAUUCUUGCGGUUCCGCGAUCGCUAUCAAGGCCUUUCCGAUGGUAGAGUUUGGUUUAUCAUCGCUGAAGGCUCCGUGACCGCACCAUGUGGUUUCCCUUGCAUCAGGUCACGAUCGGCUCGAUUGCUUGGGCCUCUCACUACCACCACCCUUUACCCCCUCCAUGACCUAGUCUACCAGACGGUGAUUAUACGUUAUCCAAGUUUAGCCCGCCCACAACUGGGAUGUGAAAUCGACUGCAAACUUAAGUUUUGGUAUCGAAUGACGCAUCUACUCGGGAAGACGCACCAGCCAUGGAAUCUAACAGCGCCGUACUUCACACAAUACCGGUACUAACUUUAGAGCCCCUCAAACGAGGGCGCGUGUGGAGGCUUGGCAAUCGGCCCGCCGCACUGUGGAAGAUGAAAUAUAUUACUGCGAGUAGGGCGGUGAUCCGGUAGUUCGUGGAAAGAACCUCAUCGAUCCAUCCACCAAUCCAUUCAUGAUCCACCUAGUUCCAGACCGCAAUUCAAGACAGCUGUCGACAGAAGAGCCAAAGAGACGGGGCUUGGUUAUUGCUUAUCGAAAGGGGGGGUUGGUUGGGGGUCCUUUUUGGAGCGUCGUUGUUCACGUUGUUCAGCUGUGAUUUGGUACUACUCGAGUACUGUGAUACUUAGUUGCCUGGGCGAGGUUACUCUUUAUCAACUUAGGGCCUUGCUGAGGGAUUUGAGUUUGCAUGCAUUUGUGGUUUGCUAAACUUGAACUUUUUAGGCAUCUGCAGUGUUUCGUCUGGAGGUUCAUGCCACUCAGUGCCGACAAGAUGGCGAUAUAUAUAGUACGUGUCUGAGGAAAGAGGGGGGAAAAAGUAAAUAGUGGUUUCUGGCUCGCGGAGCGAUGAGGAAUGAGAGGAGGAGGAAGGGAGAGGGGUGUGUCUACUGUAUAUUGAAAGCUCCAUUACUGGGGUAACCAGCUUUCAGCCUUCAGCCCCCCUUAGGCGAGUGGUAGGGUUAGGGUGUUUCACUCCACAAAAAACCCACCAUUUCGCUUACUCCUCCUCCUGCUUCUUCAUUCCUUGGAUCCAAUCGAAUCGAGAGUUCAUUCGCUCGACAGGCAUCGGGCUCCAGUCCCCCACUUCCGGAAUCUGCCGAUCCAACCACGUCAUUUUGCUGUUCUGUGCGAGCAUUUCUUUUCGCUGCAUCUAGUAAAGUGUUUGCAGUCUGCCUAUUAUUCUUGGGUAACCGUUUUCCUCAAUGUUCGACAGAAAGAAACACACAAACGGCUAUGACACUCUACUCUGCCGCUUGGAAAUCUGCGGUGGUGGCGGUAAGCAUUCCCUCUGCCAAUAUUUGAUUAUUCAUACACAAACCCAGGGGAAUCUCCGUCGAGAAACGAGAAAGCGUUGGAUUUUUAUUCAGUUUCGCACAAAGAGUGCAUGAGUGGUUCGGGGGUUUCACGUGGUAGUGGGCCGGCGCUAGAUGCUGAGUUGGAUGAACUCGAGGGUUCAAAGGAAGAGUACCAUAUCCAAUGCGAUCUCACGAUCUUUGGGGGAGGAAAGUGGGUAUGCGUGCGUUAUGAUAGGCUCUUUAGCAUGCGGGUGCGUUGCUUUUUGCAUCACCGUGUUGUUUCGCUUUCUUGUAAGUAGAUAUAUAUAACAAAGGACGCACACCUGAUGCUAUCUCG